GAAAAAAUGACUGUGGAACCAAACAUUUUCUUUAUCUCUUACAUAUUUUUUUUUCUUAAACGGAUUGGGUGAAUUACUUUUACUAACCUUGAGAUUAUGUACUGAUUAAAAUAAAGUAUCUCAGCAACAAAAAAGAAAAACUUUUUUUAUUUUUUAUAAAUUAACAAAAUUUGUGGUGUAUUACUAAUGUCUUUUUGAGGACAAAAUACAAAAUUUGAAGGACUUCCAUAGUGAGAAAAGCCCAGGUGACACACUUCAGAGAAACAACAAUGGAGUCGUCAAGUGACGCACCGUCUUCUGAUCCUAAUCUCCCCAUUCUCCCCGUCACCAUCCGAGACACCAUCGUUGAUCGUAAUGAUAGUGUUGAAGCAGCUCCCUCAUCUGUAUCAUCGAGAACCAGGCGGAGGGGAGCGGUUGAAUUUCCCACCAUUGAUGGACCUUUGGGGCUUUCCGUGGAAGAUUCUAUAGGCCAGGCUCGUAAAUUCUUCCAGUUCGGAUUUCUGUUGCUCCCAUGGCUCUGGGCUGUCAAUUGCUUCUAUUUCUGGCCAGUUCUCUCCAAACCCGCUUCCCAUAAUCAUCCUCAGCUCCGUUACUAUUUUAAGCUAGCCUGUCCUGGAGAUUUUGUUAAACUGUUAAGAUGCAUCUCGUGGCCUUAGGUGUGGUGCUCUUAAUUCCAGAACUUUCAUGCUUAAAAUGUCCAACCCAUAUGUUUGAAGACAGAGGUCCCUUCUCUGGUAUGAUUCGACUGUUGUUGCAAUCUCAUCUCACAUGCAUUCACAUUGCUUGAUGGUUCAUUAUUUCAUGAUUCUGAUGAGAAGAGGUUCAGCCAGACAGAUCCUAUUUUAUUGUCGUUCACAUUUACAAGUUAAGUAUUUGCUGUAGAACAUUCUGAGCUUGUAGGUAAGAGCUUGAACUUGGAAGAAGUUUAGCCAUGUUCUGAAACAUCUGAAGCAACUAACCAUUUUGCAGUUGCAUUCUCUAAAUUAUUUGAGGCGAACUAGUGCUUGCAGUAGCUAGUUAUAUGUGUAAUGAUCUGGUAUUCUGGUUUACCCCUCGGCAAAACUACUACCACAUUUUGCUUCUUGGGCAUAUGAUAUUACUAUCUCAGUUAUCCAGUGGUGGGUUUAUUUUUUCUGACAACAUUGCUGAAAAUUGUGCUUCUUCUUCUGUUACGAAUUACUUGGUCUUCAAAGUUCUUGUUUACCUUUUCGAUUUCAACCAUCUUGAAAUUUUUUGAUGUUACUUGCAUCUUUUUAUGUCAGCCUUACAUCUAGUAGUUGCCAUAUUACGGUAAAAUGGAGUACAUUUGUUUUCCUAUGGUAAAAAUAAUUGAGGAGGUGGCUGAUAGGUCCCUUCUUUUCCGAUCAAAAGGUCUAUGGUUUAAAUAGGCCCUGCCCUAUUGGUGACAAUAUUGAUUGCUUAUAAUAGAUGGUGAAAUCGUUGGAAUAAGCUGUAGUAAAAAUUGACGUGGUUGAUAGAACAUGGUGGGGCGGGACAUUAUGAUCUAAGCAGCUGAUUCAUGGCUGGAUAAAGCUUUAGUAGUCGUAGUUUGAGUUGUAGUAGGAACUAAAUUUUUUUUUAAAGGGUUUCAACAAUGUUAGAAAAUUGAAAUGCGACUGGAAUAAAAUUUAAUGUAUACACAUGCUAAGAUCUCAGUCCAAGUAGUAAUACCUAGAGGACAAACUCUUCCAAGCAACGUCAAUAUAAUCAUGACGCAUGAGUAGGCCGACUAAGUUAUUUUGGUUCAUUAGAUCUUAGGUACCUACAGAAAAAGUUUUUGUAAAUUUUCAUACUCGCUUUCCCUGCAAGAGCACCUUUCCCUUGUGUUCCUGUCAGAAGCAUAGGGCGAUGCGGAAUACUUGAGGGGUAGGCCGGUAGAAAAUAAAAUAAACUAUCUGUUUACGAGAUGCUUCAGCCUGGAGCUGGGAUUGAUGGAUGUCUUAGUAGAUCUAUAAGUUUGUAGAUUAACUUGAAUCUGUGUUACAAGUAUAUCUGUUAAGUGAUGUUCUCAGGAAAACUUGGAAUAUUUCUAUCAAACUAGUUUGCUUGCUUGUGCAAAUCACUGAAAAACAAGAUUAAGGAGUGUGUUUCCUUAAUCAUCUCUGUAAAACAACUUCCAUGUUAAUGAGUAGGGCAGGUAACAAGUAGUCAAAUUCCUUGUUUUUUCCUCUUUUGUUCAAGAGCUGGAUUCAGUCCUUUGUUAUUAAUGCCUAAACUUUUCUGCAUUGCUUGUGAUAUUAAUGACUUUUUUGUUGCAGAUGUAGUGGGAUCAGCCAUUGGGUUCCUGGUAUUUUCCGCUCUCCUGUCGUCCUGGGCUUUUACGUUUGCAUUUGGUGGAGAGAAGCUCUUCGGCCAUGUUUGGGAUCAGUUAGUAAUGUACAAUCUUGCUGACAGAUUUGGCCUUACUGGCUGGGUCUAACUAUGUUCAUAAGCAGCAUAUCGACAUUUAUGAAUAUUCGAAACUUCAAUGUGCCAUUUUUCUUUUGCUUUAGGAUUCAGAUAAUUUAUGGUAUAGCUAACUUCGAUUUAUUAUCGUUGUGGGAUCACCUGCCCAAUUUGUAAGUUUUAAUGGGAGAAAAAUCGUUGUUCUUCAACACUCGGUAUCUUCUUCUUAAAUUUUUUAUUUAUUUUCUAAUUUUUAAUUUUUAAAAUACUACCCAAUUUGUAAGUUUUCAUGGGAGAAAAAUCGUCGUUCUUCAAACACUC